AAGAGAUUUUCUAGAGAGGGAGGUGGAGAAAAAGAAGAGAGACUGAAGAAGAUGGCGGCUUCGUUUAGGUGGAUGCUACAAUUACACAAGGACGUCCCAAAAGCGGCUCGGUUAUACUCAGAGGGCUUGGACUUCACCAUCAAUGUCUGCUCUCUUCGUUGGGCUGAACUCCAAUCUGGUCCCCUUAAACUCGCCCUCUUACAGUCCAACAGUGAACAUGCCACGCAGAAGGAACACUCGUCGCUCUUGUCCUUUACGGUGACUGACAUUCACACUACAGUGUCAAGACUAAUGGCUUUAGGUGCAGAGCUGGAUGGUCCCAUCAAAUAUGAGAUCCAUGGUAAGGUUGCAGCCAUGCGCGGUGUUGAUGGGCACUUGUUGGGUCUUUACGAACCCUUCUGA